UUCCCUUUAGUUUUACCUUCUCCAUGGGAACAUCAUGCAUUGAACUUCUUUUGCGUGAAUUUGCUAGCGUGUGUGCUGUUCCUUGUUCUUCUUGUUGUUCUUUUUCCUAUCGGUCGCGCUCUCCGUUCGCCUCAACCUGUGAUCUUAACGCGUUUUCUUCCUCACCUGAUCGCUCAGCCGAUUGUGAAGUCGGUCAAUCUUGUUGUUCUAUUGCAAGGUGCAUUAUGUCACUUUCAAUAUCGAUCAGACUUUGUUGAACACAAAAUGAAAGCAGCUGCGGAUGAUGUAGCAGCGCCGAUACCCAAUGCCACUAUCAGAAUCUGUGCCCUGCCAAUGGAGAUGAUUGAGUUGAUAGCCGGGUUCCUCAGCCCUAUCGAUCUGUCUCACUUGCGGUCAACCUGUCGCACUCUCUGUGCGAAAACAAUGUACAAGUUUGGGCAGACCUGUUUAAGCACAGUCCAUACAGACCUGUCAUACCUCAGCCUACAGCGUCUGUACGAGCUUUCCCAGAAUGUUGAAUUCCGUCCUCAUGUUUGUGGGUUGAGGAUCUCUGCUCUGCCUGGCACUGUGCUGGGAGAUGGCUUCUGUUGGACACGAGCCUCGCGUACAGGUGUUCUCGAACUCCCCCAUCUUCAACCAGGCGUCAGGGCCUUGCGUCGCGCUCUUCAUUACUUACCAAAAUGCACAACCUUCAUCGUCUGUAUCGAGCAUCAUGAUAACAGUAUUAACCGCUACAAACCAGCGUAUCUAGGUCCCAGCGAUGUGAUCACCAUUAUCCUUGACAGCGUCGCCAAGACGGACCUCUCGGUAACUUCGUUCCACAUCGAUUUGAAGACCAACAGGCCGAGAGGGGCCUUUCUGGACAGCUCCCGUCUUCUUACCGAAUGCAUCUCUAAACAUAUAUUCAUGAGGAACUGGGCUAGUGUACGGACACUGCAACUGCAUCAUUCUGUCGACAGUAGAGGUGUCGCCCAAUGGGCCACCCAGCUUAUCCAACGCUCUCAUUGUCUGAACAAACUGGAUAUUGACUUCGACCUUGGCAGCAAAGCCGGCAUCAUGAUAAGGGAUCUGUCGAAGAGUAAACUCCUGGCUCCGAUUCGCGAUCUUCGUCUCUCCAGCCCUUCGUCCCUUAAGGGUGCCGAUCUUCUCGCUCUUCUUCGUCGCUUUUGCAAAUGUCUUCGCACACUUUAUCUGCACCACGUUUUCAUUCGUGGUUUGGCAUGGAGAGAAAUCAUCACUGCCCUCAAAGACGAGUUCCCGGAUCUUGUUUGUGUCAACUUCUUCAGGCUUGGAUGUGCUUCUUUCCCGAUUGUUCCUUUCCCCUCCCUAGAUGAAAACCUUUUAGUCAAAGGGCCCCAGGCCGAUCGGUUUGCUUACCGUUCUAAUCAGAGAGGCUUCGUUGACUCUUUCACUCCCACCAUGCAGGCUGCUCUGGGGGCUUUGCUGGACAACGGAGAGUUUUUCUAG